AAAUAAUUUUUUAAUUUAAUCCAAAUUUUCUCGUUCUCCUCUCAGCUUCCUUUCUUCUGUGGUUGUUAUGCCCAACUUGUUUCGUUUCUCCUCCACCUUCUCUUUGCCUGACAUCACUCGGGGUCGAUGCUGUGGUACUGAUAGUCGAACUCCUCGCUGCCAGAUUUUGCAUUCUUCUUCACAGCCACCACAUAAUGGGCCGGGAUAUAGAAGCAUAGAUAAUAAGAGAAGUUGGAAUUCACUGACGAACGCUAUGAAUCCCUGCACUAAUAUUGUGAACUCCGUUCAAGUUCCUUUUCCUUUGUUCAUCAAGUCUUUUAGAUCAGUUCCAUCGUUCAAAUGCCUCUGCAGGAGCUCAGAUGAAAAGGGAAGUGACGAUGUGAAGGACCCACUGUAUGGGUUGGUUGACAAGCAAGUUCAAGAACUAUUGAGCAGAGAAGAGAACAAGAUUUUGCUAGAUGGUUUAGAGAAGGCGUCGCAGCGGGUUGAGAUGGCUAAGAGAGAACUUGAAUUGAUCCAAAAACAAGAAUUAGCUGUCAAGCAGUUGAAGGAUUACGUCAACCAACUGGAAGGCGAAGUUCUCGAGAUUGAAGAAUGUCAAAGAGACAUAUCAGAGGCAAAAGCCCUGGUGGAGAAAGCAGAGCAGUCUCUGUUGGUAAAUAUGGGAGGCCCUGAAGGUGGCGGUACAUCCAUGGGGAUGAAAAGUGAAGAAACUGAUCGAGAUGAAGAGAGAUGGGAGUCAAUAAAAACAGCAUCAAUUUCUGCCCUUGUUGGUACCGUUUCAGGUCUCCCCAUAUGUUUCACUCAAGUCACCGACACAACUCAGCUGCUUCUUCCUUUGACAAUCAACUUCAUUAGUUGUGCAUUGUUUGGAGUGACUUUUCGUUACACUAUAAGGAGAAACUUGGAUGAUGUUCAACUUAAAACUGGGGUUGCAGCAGCUUUUGGUGUUGUUAAAGGUCUCGGAACCCUAAGUGGUGGACCACUCCUUGAACCAAACUUUCAAAGCUUCUUAUCACAUGCCCAAGACGGAACAAUUUAUGUGAGUGAGAAUCUCUUAAUUUUUGUUUCUGUUGCUGUUGCUUUAGAUUACUGUCUCAAGACAGGGCUUUUGAACGCUUUUCCAAUUGAUUGAUCAUAGCUUAAAUACGAAUUAUUUGUUCAAUUA